AUGUCGGCAAACCAACACAAUUUCACAGUCACUUACCUCAUGAACUCAUGCGGGUUGUCUCCAAAAGCUGCAAUUUCAGCAUCCAAGAAGGUCGAGUUGCAAACCCCAGAAAGAGCAGACUCCGUCUUGGCCCUUGUGAGAAACCAUGGACUCUCUGAAGCCCAGCUCUCAAAGUUUGUCAGGUUACACCCAGAAGUUCUUUUAGCCGAUCCUGAGCAAACCCUUUUGCCAAAGCUUCGGUUUUUCAUCUCUCUCGGGGUUUCAAAGGAGGACCUUGCGAAAACUCUGGCUUUCUGUCCGCAGAUUUUGUCAAGAAACUUGGAAAAAGAGAUUUUACCCGAUUAUAAUUUCCUUAGGAGCUUGAUUCCUGAGAAAAAGGUUGUUUCUGUUUUGAAGAACAGCUCUUGGUUUUUCUUCGAAGGCCACUCCAAAAAUGUGGUGCCAAAUAUUGGUCUUUUGAGACAACUAGGUAUGCCCCAAUCAUGCAUUUAUCUGUUGCUGGCUCAUUAUAUUAAUGUUCUGAUGGUAAAGCAUGAAAGGUUUGGUGUAGUUGUGGGUAAGGUCAAGGAAAUGGGAUUUAAUCUGGAAAAAGCCACUUCCGUGUCUGCUCUACGUGUAUUGUGUGGUAGGCACAAGUCAGUAUGGAAUCGAAGUUGGGAGCUUUAUAGGAGUUGGGGUUGGUCUGACGACGAUAUUCUUUCUGCUUUCAGGCGGUAUCCGCAGUGUAUGAUUCACUCGGAGAAGAAGGUAAUGGAAGUAAUGGAUCUUUUAGUGAACAACAUGGGAUGGCCGUCAAGAAAGAUUGCCCAAUAUCCUGUGGUCCUAAGUUUGAGUUUAAAGAGGAGACUGAUCCCAAGGUGUUCGGUUGUUAAGGUUUUGUUUUUGAAAGGAGUUAUAGAUGAAAACUUGCAUUUGGGUUCUGUGUUGCUGCCUGUGGAGAAGCACUUCCUGGAGAAGUUUGUAACUGCAUAUCUCAAGGAAAUACCUCAAUUGUUGAAUGUGUAUCAAGGGAAAGUUGAAUUCCAGGAUUACCAAGAAGUACAAUUCAGUGACUUCAAAGCCUGCAAUCAAAAUGUGCACGUAAUGACUAGCUUGCCGGGAUCCCUGGAGCAAGGCAUGUUCGGUGCUUACAUCAGUAUACAUGUCACCAUUUACAGGGGGCCAACUGGAUUUCCCAACACAACAGCACCAUCAGUUUUAACACCUUUCCUUAAACAUGUCACCAUUUACAGGGGGCCAACUGGAUCACAUUGA